CCAUCGCGGUUCAAUUCCGGUUGCCGAGCCUUUUCACCCCUUUGCUCUGUCUUCAAAUGGAAAUGAUUUCUAUUGGCCCAAGGUGUCCAUGUAAAUAGGUGUAAAUGAAACCAGAUUAUGCCUUUCUCCCAGCCCCCCUCCUCCCAGGGCGAUUGUCAUGUGAUAGCAAAGAAGUGGCACAUUAAUGAAGCGCCUCUACAGGGGUCUUUUCUGCCCAUGUCGCCACAUAAAACUAUCAGAUGGUUAGAGGAAGGACAUGGAGGCAGCCACUUAGCUCUUAGUCUUAUCAAGAAAGACGGAGAGAGAGCGAGAGAGAAAGAGAGAGAGAGAGAGAGGAUCUGGUCCGUUCAAGCUGGCCUGGGAAGAAGGAAACCCUACUACUACUUCUUUCUCGAGUUCGCAGCAGCAGAGAAGUAGCGAACUUGCAGGAAGACAAACGGCGCUCUUCAGAGAGAGAGAGAGGGCGAGAGAGAAAAUAAACGAGGACAGACUUCCAGUUUGAAUUCCAGCGCAGAAUUUGGACAGCAUGCCUAGACCCGGGAGAAACACAUACAGCGACCAGAAACCGCCGUACUCGUACAUUUCCCUCACCGCGAUGGCCAUCCAAAGCUGCCCGGAGAAGAUGCUUCCGCUCAGCGAGAUCUACAAGUUCAUCAUGGACCGCUUUCCUUACUAUCGGGAAAACACCCAGCGCUGGCAGAACUCCCUCCGCCACAACCUCUCGUUCAACGACUGCUUCAUCAAGAUCCCGCGGCGCCCGGAUCAGCCCGGGAAGGGCAGCUUCUGGGCUCUCCAUCCCAGCUGCGGCGACAUGUUCGAGAACGGGAGUUUCCUGCGACGCCGCAAGCGCUUCAAGGUGAUGACAUCCGAGCACCUGGCGCCCAGCAAGCCCUCGGACGCUGCCCACUACCUCCAGCAGCACGCCAAGCUCCGGCUCAGCGCCCUGGGCACCCACCUCCCCCAGAUGUCCAGCUACAACCUGGGAGUGUCCCAGCCGUCCACGUUCAAACACCCGUUCGCCAUCGAGAACAUCAUCGCCAGAGAGUAUAAAGUGCCGGGCGGGCUGGCGUUCUCCACCGGGUACCCUCUCCACAACCAGCUGACCACGGCCUGGCCCCAUAUGUACAGCACUAGCGUGAUGGACAGCGCGGCGCCCAUCUCCAUGGCCGGCAGCGAUUAUAGUGCCUACGGCGUGCCCAUCAAGUCGCUUUGCCACGGCGGACAGACCUUACCGGCGAUCCCCGUCCCGAUCAAGCCCACCCCGGCGGCGUUGCCUCACCACAUCCCCGCUUUCCUGUCGAACUCUCCCCAGUCGCUGAGCCCGACCUCCCCGCAGACAGCGACCAGCCAAAGCAGCCCCGCCACCCCGAGCGAGACCCUGACGGGCCCCGCGUCGCUGCAGUCGGUCGCGGUGCACUGACACCCGCACUCCCGGUGGACACCUGUACUCCAAAGUCGAAUUUUAACUAUAGACCUUGAGCGAAAAAAAAGAGAGAGAGAAAGAGAGAGAGAAAAGAACACUGGCUAUACAAUCAAGGCAAGAGCUAUCUAUGUCGCAGUGAUGUUAAUUUAUGUGUGUGUCGUUCAGAUUUUAAGUGUUGCUUUCGAUGGGUCCGAUCGCGCGGAUCGACGCGGAUGCCAUGUUGUAAAAUGAAGAGUUUUUACAUUUUAAAUAUCCAGAAUUUACGCGUUCGUCCGAAUGGGUUCCGCGUUUUGCAGGUCCUCGCACAUUAUCUUAUAAUAACUGUUAGCUAAUUUGAUCGUGCUAAAAUAGGCUGAAAAUGUGCGUAAGUUGGAAUGCUCACUAUUUUUUAUGUAGUUAGCAGUCAUGCUACUAACGUCCUAGAGGACUAAACUUGUCUCAGUCUGCAAAACCAAAUACUAUACUUGAUCUAAAACACACACACACACACACACACACACACACACACACACACACACACACACACAGGUACAGUACGCCACAACGGCAAACUUGAAAAAAAAGUUGAAAUAGUUUUAAAGGAUAGGGUCUUCAAGUAAAUAUGUGAAUAAUUGCGAAUAAGUGAUAUUGAAUUGUGUCCGAUGCACUUUUUAGUUAGAUGUUUUACAUUAUAUUUUGCAGGAAAUGUUUCGUGAGCGUUUAAUUUAAAGCCGUGGUGACCAUGUGUAUUAAAUGCCGUACAUUUGUACUUUUUGUUCAGAUAUAAAGCAUGCCUUUUCCGGACUUUGUGUUGUUUCGCUGCAAGCAUGCGUGCUUUUAAAAGAUGUGCAAAACGUCUGCAUUAAAUUAUAAACUUGGUCAUCAGAAUAUUUUUUCAUUAAAAAUUGUGCAAACAUA